AUGGCAAUGGAGAAGGUACUUGCUUCUGUGGGAGAGAUGAGGCCAAAGACCAAGAUUGUGUGCACAUUGGGACCGUCUUCCAGGUCCGUGGAGAUGGCAGAGAAGCUUUUGAGGGCUGGCAUGAACGUUGCUCGCUUCAACUUCUCUCAUGGUAGUCAUGAGUAUCAUCAGGAAACUCUUGAUAAUUUAAGGAGUGCCAUGAACAACACCGGAAUUCUCUGUGCUGUCAUGUUGGAUACUAAGGGUCCAGAAAUUAGAACUGGGUUUCUGAAAGAUGGAAAGGCCAUUCAUCUCCAACAGGGAAAAGAGAUUAUCAUAUCAACUGACUAUACCAUUCAUGGUGAUGAGAAUAUGAUCUCUAUGAGCUACAAGAAGUUGGCUGAGGAUGUGAAGCCUCAAAGUGACAUCUUAUGUGCUGAUGGAACAAUUACUUUGAAAGUUCUGGCAUGUGACAAGGAGCGUGGUUUGGUACGUUGUCGAUGUGAGAACACUGCAGUUUUGGGUGAGAGGAAGAAUGUCAAUCUUCCUGGAGUUGUGGUUGAUCUGCCAACUUUGACAGAGAAGGACAAAGUAGAUAUAUUGGAGUGGGGAGUUUUAAAUAAGAUUGACAUGAUCGCGCUCUCUUUUGUUAGGAAAGGCUCAGACCUUGUUGAGGUCAGAAAACUUUUGGGGGAGCAUGCCAAGGAUAUAAUGCUCAUGUCUAAGGUUGAGAACCAAGAAGGUGUUACUAAUUUCGACGACAUACUAGCAAAUUCAGAUGCCUUCAUGGUGGCCAGGGGUGACCUUGGGAUGGAAAUUCCAAUUGAAAAGAUAUUCUUAGCUCAGAAACUGAUGAUUGCAAAGGCCAACAGACUAGGAAAGCCAGUGGUGACUGCUACUCAGAUGCUCGAGUCAAUGACCAAAUCUCCUCGUCCCACCCGAGCAGAAGCCACUGAUGUUGCCAAUGCUGUUCUUGAUGGAACUGACUGUGUCAUGCUCAGCGGCGAAACUGCAGCUGGAUCCUAUCCGGAAAUUGCUGUUCAAACCAUGGCUAAAAUAUGUGUCUCUGCAGAACAGUACAUAAACUAUGGAGAAAUUUUCAAGAAAAUGCAAUAUGAAGCAAUGCCUAUGAGCCCUCAAGAGAGUCUGGCCUCCUCGGCAGUGCACAUGGCAACUUCCAUCAGGGCUGCACUCAUUUUGGUCCUGACAAGAGGAGGAACCACGGCAAAGCUUGUGGCUAAGUACAGGCCAAGCAUGCCGAUUUUGUCUGUGGUAGUUCCUGAGAUAACUACAGACUCUUUCGAGUGGUCAUGCAGCGAUGCAGCUCCUGCAAGGCACAGCCUUAUUUAUAGAGGUCUUGUGCCUCUUCUCAGCUCAGGUUCCAUUAAAGGCUCUCAUGCUGAGUCUACUGAAGAGGCUGUGCAGUCUGCUAUUCAAUAUGCAAAGGCUAAUGGUCUUUGCAAGCCUGGGGAUUCAAUUGUGGCUCUGCACCGAAUGAACUGCACCGACGUCUGCAACAUCUUCCCUGUCAUAUGA